ACUAUCACUUAUCUUCUCCUUAAUUCUCUAUCAUGCAUAGCUCCAUUAGAAGAAGAACACCACCCUUGCUAUCUCAUCAUGUACCCAUUCUCUCCAUGGUUUUUGUGCUACUCUGUUCUUCGGCAAAAGCAACAACAAGCCUCCAAGAAACUCACGUCCAUUACCAAAAGCACAUUCAAGUAGCUAACUCCACAUGCGAAGGAACACUUUACCCAGAUCUCUGUGUCUCAACCUUAGCAUCCUUCCCAGAUCUUACCUCCAAAUCUGUCCCACAAAUUAUUUGUUCCGUCGUGAACCAUACCAUAUACGAGGUCAGAUUGUCAUCCUCAAACUGCAGCGGUCUCCGAAGUAAGCUCCGAGGUCUCCCAACACUCGAACAAAGAGCUCUUGAUGACUGUCUCAAUUUGUUCGAUGCCACCAUUGUGGAGCUCAAAACCACCAUCGCUGAUCUGUCCCACGGCACAAUAGGCUCGGAAAGGAACCAGCAUUCUAGGACUCUGCUAAGUGGCGCAAUGACCAAUUUGUACACUUGUUUGGAUGGUUUUGCUUACGAGAAAGGAAAUGUGAGAGAGAAGAUCGAGGGGAAGUUGCAUGAGAUUUCUCAUCACGUUAGUAACGCACUGGCCAUGAUGAAGAAAGUGCCUGCAGCGAAGAAACCUUCCAAGAGUGAGACAUUCCCCGAAUAUGGUAAGAUGAAAGACGGGUUCCCAUUGUGGGUGUCCCCCAAAGACCGAAAGUUGCUGCAAGCUGCUGUGAAUGAGACCAAGUUUGAUCUUGUUGUGGCCAAAGAUGGCACUGGUAACUUCGCCACUAUAGGGGAAGCAGUGGCCGCAGCUCCAAACUCUAGCACAACAAGAUUUGUGAUACACAUAAAAGCCGGGGCAUACUUCGAGAAUGUGGAGGUAACCAGGAAGAAGACCAAUCUGAUGCUGGUCGGAGAUGGAAUUGGAAAGACUGUGGUGAAGGCCAGUAGGAAUGUAGUGGACGGGUGGACCACUUUCCAAUCAGCUACUGUCGCUGUGGUGGGAGACGGAUUCAUAGCGAAGGGUAUAACCUUUGAGAACUAUGCUGGGCCAAGCAAACACCAAGCUGUGGCACUGAGGAGCGGUGCUGACUUCUCAGCCUUCUACAAAUGCAGCUUUGUUGGCUACCAAGACACUCUCUAUGUCCACUCCCUCCGUCAAUUCUUCCGCGAUUGUGACAUUUAUGGCACCAUAGACUUCAUCUUUGGCAAUGCAGCAGUGGUCCUACAAAACUGUAACUUAUACGCACGCAAGCCAUUAGAAAACCAGAAGAACCUGUUCACUGCACAAGGCAGAGAAGACCCCAACCAAAACACUGGCAUUUCCAUCUUGAACUGCAAGGUUGCAUCUUCUGCUGAUUUGACCCCAGUUAAAACUUCGUUCAAGAAUUACUUGGGUCGCCCUUGGAAAAGGUAUUCAAGAACUGUUUAUCUAAAUUCUUACAUGGAAGAUCUUAUAGACCCAGCUGGGUGGUUGGAAUGGAAUGGCACGUUUGCAUUGGACACAUUGUAUUAUGCGGAGUACAACAAUAGGGGUCCAGGUUCGAAUACAAGUGGCAGAGUUACGUGGCCUGGUUAUAGGGUCCUCAAGAACGCCACCGAGGCAAGACAGUUCACAGUUGGACAGUUCAUUCAAGGCGAUGCAUGGUUGGACUCCACCAACAUUCCAUUCUUCCCUGAUUUAAGUUGA